GCUCCCGCGCGUGUAUGUUGGACCGGCUUGAGCCGGUAUAAAAAGCUAUGAAACAAGAGAGAAAACAGAAAUUCGGGGACAUUGAAGGGAAGCCAGACCACGGGGAGGUUAGGUUUAUUAUAAAGAAGAAAGGUGCAAACUGGAAGAAUAACUAAAUGAUUUUUUGGGGUGAAAUUGCGGCAUUUGGUAGUUUAAAACUAAAAUCUCCAGAGCAUCCUUAUUUUUAUUGGAAAGGAAGGGGUUAAAAUUACACCAGAAUUGGGUAAAAUGUUAACUUAAUACAAGGCAGGGGCUGUAUAAAGGCAUUUUGGCUCACUGUGCACUUCGUUGCUAAUUUUGAAGCCGCUUACCCUUUCUCUCCCGAAGAGCAGUUGAAGAGCCAAGCAUGACGGGGUGGAUAAACAAAGUGAAGGUGGGCAUGGGGACCCAAGUGUACUCUGAGGUCCCUGAUGGAGGCUGGGGCUGGGUGGUGGCGGUGGCCUUCUUCAUCGUGGAGGUCUUCACCUACGGUGUGAUCAAGAGCUUCGGGAUCUUCCUUCAAGACAUCAUGAGCCACUUCAACGAGUCAAACAGCCGGGUGUCCUGGGUCAUCUCCAUCUGCGUCUUCGUCAUGACCUUCACAGCUCCCCUCUCCUCUGUAAUGAGCAAUCGUUUUGGAUAUCGGCCAGUUGUCAUGCUGGGAGGAUUUCUCAUCAGCCUGGGCACGAUUGCAGCUGCUUUCACCAACUCCAUUGUGGAGAUGUACAUCGCAGUAGGAAUCAUUUCAGGCCUGGGAUACUGCCUCACCUUCCUGCCCACCGUCACCAUUCUCUCCCAGUACUUCACAAAGCGCCGCUCCCUCGUUACAGCAGUCGCGUCCACCGGAGAGUCAUUCUCCGUGUUUGCGUUCGCUCCAGCCUUUACCGCCUUGAAAGACCAGAUAGGCUGGCGUUACUGUCUGGUAGUGAUUGGAGCCUUACAGUCCAGCAUCAUCCUCUGUGGGCUGCUGCUGCGACCAAUUACCAUUAAGCCUAAGCCUGUGGAGGAAGAGGAGUCCAAGGACCCCACAGUAAAGCAGAUGGAGAUGGAGUACAUGCUGGAAAAUGAGAACACCCGGUCCUCCAUCGGCUCUGUGGACUCUGGUGUCCAGUCCUUAUCUACCUCACGGACUGAUCUGGCCGGGAGCCAGAAAUCAGGGGGCCUGGAGGUGCAGGGGAAGAAGGUGGAGCUGGACGAGGAAGCGAAGGGGAUGCUUCCUGAGACCCCAGUGCUAGUGAAGCAGGAGGAGACCGAGCAGCCGAAGCCCCCUCAAGCCAAGCUGCUGGACUUCGCCGUGCUGAAGGACUGCAGCUUCAUCUUCUACGCUCUGUUUGGGCUCUUCGCCACGCUGGGCUUCUUCGCCCCCCAGCUGUACGUCAUCGAGCUGAGUGUGAGCAGGGGCAUCGAGAGGGAGCAGGCUGCCUACAUGCUGUGUGCCAUGGCCGUGGCGGAGAUCUUCGGCCGGAUCUCCAUAGGCUGGGUCCUCAACAAGAGGCCCAUCCGCAAGAUUUACAUCCUGCUGAUCUGCGUGGUGCUGCUGGCCCUUGUGCUGCUGAUCUUCACCUUCGUAACUGACUUCUGGGGACUGAUGAUCUGCUGUAUGCUCUAUGGCUUUCUACUGGGUACUGUGGCAUCCACCCACAUCCCCAUGCUGGCAGAGGACGAUGUGGUGGGCAUUGACCGUAUGCCCUCAGCUGUAGGGGUCUAUGUCUUCAUCCAGAGCUUCGCAGGGCUGGCAGGCCCACCCCUGGGAGGUUUCUUGGUGGACAAAACUCAGAAUUAUGGGUCUGCAUUUUACUCAUGUGCAGUGGGUAUGGGCCUGGGGGCUGUGUUUCUGGGCUUUGUGCGUCCAGCAAAGACUGGUAUGUGCCAGGCGAGGAGAGAGCGACGACGGAAGGAGAGCCUAAGGGCUCCCAGCCGUGAUGGCGUUUCUCAGGACAGUCAAGUCUCCACGGACGUGCCCGAGGACUUCCUGGAAGUGGACCUCGCCUCAGAGGAAAGCCCUCGCAAAAUUCAGCCGGAGGACAGUGUGGUCUGAGGAUGCUCAAGACCUGCAGGAGCGACUCCCUUGGACACAGAAAGACUCCAGAAGCCUUGAGAAAAGAAAACACCAUCUAAAGAAACCUUUCAUGCAAAAUCGUGCACAAUUCUUAGGAAGAACUUGAAAUCAGAACUUGCAUGCCACCUGUGCAGCAAAAUGCUGUUUUAUUCAAGCUACAGUACCACUUCAGAACUAACAGCUUCAAAUGGCAUUUAUGGAUAAGUAAGAGAUAAAACAGUAGAAGGAUGCCCCAUUUGGUCACUGAUCUUAAAGUAUAAAAUGCUGAAUCUACAUGUUUUUGAAUUUUUCAGGGAAUUAAGGCUGCUGAGGCAAACUGUUUUGCACAUGACCAAAGGCAUUGUAAAGUAUGAGAGAGGCUACUGCCUCAAUUAUUUUGCACACACUGACCAAAGGGGACCCUGAAGAAUCACUGUCUGCUGCAUGCCUGCAGCUCACGGUCCAUGGUGACCUGUUUAUUGCCUACAUUUUCCCUGUGGUUGCUGUAGGGCUGCAGGCCAAACAACAAGCAGUUAGAGAUUCUUUGACUGCUUGAAGUUAAAUGAAAAUUUUACAUUACUGAAAAUAAUUUCACAGAGGAGAGCAACACUCUCUGGAAGACCUUGCAAAUAUCUCAUAGAGACCUGGCAAAAAAUCCAAUAAAUGCCAUUUGAAGCUGUAGAUUUUACAGACAGGCAGAUUUAAAGUAAAUGAAGAAACAAACAGGCUGCACACUGUGGUAGUUAUAAUUAAUUUACAUCCAUGAUGAAGAGGAUAAAGGCCAUUGAUUCUCUAUUCCACUGACAGCUCUCGAGAGUUUCACUUGGUGCAGUCUGACAGAUACCAAAACUGGUUUCAUGACGAAUGUGAUCUUAAUGGCACUACGGCCAGAGUGAGAUACAUUAGGAACCAAGCAAGCUUAUAAAAAGGCUCAAAUCCCUCUUCUGUUCUAAAAGAACCAGUGAGAAAUGUGUGAGUAAAGGCAGCAGUGUUGUGGUUUUUAUUUAUUUUUUAAGUUGUUUGGACCAACCCCCGUUUAGCGCUGUAACAGUACAGAAAAAGACUGGGUGCGGAGUGUGUCCUGGAAAGGCUGUAUCUGGUGUUUGAAUUUGAUCUGUAUUGAAUACUUGUGUUUGUUCAGAUGUGUUGCUUUUAAUAUGCCUCAUUUUCAGACACACCGUAACUUUCGAAAUAAGGUUAUUUUGUGAGAAAUCAAAACAUAUGUGUUGAAAUUCAGUGUAGUAUUACCUGAAUAUCUCAGUUUAGUGUUGAAGCUGACCAAUGCAGUAAUGGUUUAACUUCAACAACAGGUGUCCAGUGGAGGCUAUAUAGAUGGUGAAUGAUUUUAUUCUUUUUCUUAAGAGGUUUCACAAUAUUUUUCAGAACUGAAGCAUUAUACUGAACUCAUUAUUCGGUAGGUAAGCAGUUGUCAUGUAGCCUGACUAUCCACGUUACUGUACUAGAAGGAGGCUUCUACUAAAAUGGUCACAGAAGUGGAAGUCUUCUAGACAGUGAAGCUGACUGACUUCAUUGCUGCAUUUUUGUAAUUUUUUGUAAUCGUUUACAGGGUAAUAGGUUGAACCAACAAACAUGGCCCAUCUGAAAAACCAGCUCUAUUUUCUCUGGGUAUCAUUCGUGCAGACAUCUGUAUUUAUAACCUGAGUAAAGGAACAUUAUCCAGAACAACACAAGCAAAGUGAACAUGUGGUCAUAUUAAAGAUGAACCCAUUCACUUUAAGGUUAAAAUGGAAGAUAAUUGUUAUUGACUGUAGCUGCCUAAGAAUGAAGUAGGCUACAUGAAUACAAAAAAACUAUGUCAGAUUAUAGUUUAAAAAAGAAAGUAAAUUCAUGAUGUAUCCACAAAGUUCAGAGGUAUUGUGAACAGGAAAAAGCAGGUAAUUUGUGAAAAAAACAAAAUGUCUUCUUUUUUGGUUUUAAUGUUAACCACCGAGCUCUGAAUAUGCAGCACUUGAAUUUAAUUUCUGUUAUAUUUAUUAUAGCACUGAAGUGGACCAAUAAGAACUCUUCAGUAUUCAUUUUUUAAUCUUUUUAAAUAUAUUUUACAGCCAAAUGUUUUUUCUGUCUUGUUGACUGUAACUUUCCUUCUGCAUAGGAAAUAAGCUACACUACACUGGACAAAAACUAUGAGGCAAUAUAUUUAACAGUAUUAUUAGUUCAUACAAAAAUUGUACAUUUUUAAUUUAUAUUUUUUAAUUGUGCUCAACUUGAUUCUACUGCCGUCACCCUAAAGAAGAACAAAUGUGUAUUUAUUAGCAUUCACUAUGAUCCACAGAUUUGAACUGUAGUAUUAAAGUACUGCAGCUGCCAUUAUGUAGUAGAAGAUGUUGUAUACACAUAUCCCAUACUCCACAAGGCAUGCCAACAAGAAAAGUUGUGUGUUGCAAGUCAUUUUUAAUAAGAACAGCAAGACGUAAGAGCAUUAGGUUCAGUAGUCCAAACACUAAGGUGACUUCCCAUCUGUAAGGAAGGGGUUGUCGGCGGCCUCCUAUAACUAAGAAUGAGCAGGCAACUGCUGCACAAGCAAAAACGGGUUGGAGAGAGGGAUGCAAAAAUGAAACGCACAAGCAGGUUUUGUAGAAAUAAGGAGAGAUUAGAGUAUCAACUCCCAGACAUUUUUUUAACUCUUUUUGGGUGCAGUAUUUUAUCUACAGUUCAAACCAAAUAAACCAUGUGUGUUUAAGUCUAUAUCGUCUACGGGCACAGGGGCAAACUCUUUACUAGCUGAACUUUCCUCAUGGGUUAUUUGUACCUGUGCAUAAAAGGUGGCAAGUGUAGAUUUUAUCUUUUUUGCUAGAUUUCAAUUCAGAAACACAGGCACAUUAUGUCAUGGGCAUUUUUAUUUGUAAAAAGUGUAAAAUGUGUUAGACCUGGCAUAAUGCUGCACUGUUGACUACUGAACUUUUUCUUUUCCAAUAAAAAUGAAAAAACAGA